CACUAUGAAUUCAUGGCACAGAUGUGCUGGUUCAUUUCUGAAACAUGUAGGUCAAAUAAGAAACCUGUUGCUGCAUUUGAAUAGGAAUUAUUUGGUGGAAGAAAGAAGUAAGGCAACACGUGUACUUGCUCAGCUAUUCACUUAAUAUAAUAAGUCCUGCAAUACUGCAGGACUGUACUGUUUGUUUUGAUUUAUCGCCAGAUUUUAAGAUUUCAUUGGAGUGUUUGGAGCAUGCUCAUGAAUAAAACGCUUUUAUGAAGUUUUCCAGAGAAUCAGCUUACUUACUACUUUGUGUUAUUACUCUGGCUCUCUUUUUACUCUUUCUUCGCCAAAGUAACCACAGUUAUCCAAGACGUCUACUGCUUUCUGGAUCUUAUGUUGCUAGAAAUGAAGAUUUAGAACGUAUGAACCUAUUUGUGCAUCCAGAGAAAUAUCCAAUUUUCAAUAAUUUAAUUGUUUUGCCAAAAACUCAUCAGUCGAAAUUGUUACAAAACAAUCGGCAACUCUAUGAACACGACAAAUGGGUAGAAGCUUUUCCUGGAUUUCUUCUUCACUCUGCAUUUGAAACUGGGAAAUAUCAGCAGAAAUUUAGGAAGAAUGUGCGAAUUCUUGCUCUGGGGCUUCCUCAUGCUUUGAAUAUCUCUGAAGUUUUAUGCUCAUUUAAAAACAACGAAACUACAUGGAAUGAAUCAUACGUGACUUACUUUAGUUUUCGUCAGAAUUCUAAGGAGACAUUAUUUCCUUAUACUUUCGUCUGCUCCUAUCAUAUUGAGGAUAAACCUGUACAGGUUAGUCUACAGAAAGGAAACUUGAAAAAUAUAACACACUGGCUAACUAUUCAUCACAAACAAAAGAACAAUCUUCAGAAAAGAGAAAUUUCUGUCUGCACGCCCCCCUUUUACAAUAAAUUUAACGACACUAGACUUCUUGCAGAAUUUCUAGCUUUCUAUGAUGCUGCAGGUGUGUCCUCAUUCACUUUUUACGAUUAUGACAUGUCACAAGAUGUUCGUUCGUACUUUGAUUUGCUUAACCAAGAAGGAAUGAAUAUUACAAUAAUUCCGUGGAAUAUUCCAACUUCUCUGGCGUCUUCUGUAUGGCAUUACGGGCAAUUAGCAAGUAUCCAGCACUGUCUUUACAGAAACAUCGAAAGAACCAAAUUUGUUCUUCUGGUUGCUGUAGAUGAAUUUCUUGUCCCUCGACAACACUUUUCACUAGUCGAAUUAAUGUCUGAAUUGAGUUCAAAAUCUAAGAGGAAAAUUGGUAGUUACGUAUUUCGUCAAAGUUUCUUUUGUUUAGAAGGAAUAAAAAUGAACUCAUUUUCUCUUUACACUUCUGAUCGAAUUGAAAAAAUAUGGCCACCUAAGAUUAAGUCAAAUGUUAUGGUUAGGCCAGAAACGGUGAUUGAAGGGGGAAUCUAUUACGUCCGAAAGCACGUAAAAGGCUGGAAAUCAGCUAAAGUGCCUUGGCAACUAGCUCUUGUACAUCACUAUAAAUCAUGCCCAAAACAAAACCAUACUAAAGUUACUCAAGACAGAACUGCUGAGUCUUUUAAAUUUGAAAUUAUUUAUGCAAAACCUAUGACUGUGUACAGAGAGAUGAAAGGCUUAUGAAAGAAGUUUAUAAAAUAGAUGAUACUUUAUCUAGAUGUGAGUUAUGUCAUAGUCUACAUAAAAAUGAAUAUACUUACAGAACCAUAAAAUAAGUUAAGAUUAGCUUUUAAAAAUGAAUAAAAAUUAUUUUCAAAUUAUUUAAUUUCGUUGGAUUUUACAUACCUUGAAUUACUUUGGCAUUUAAUUUCCACUGUCAUUAAGGUGGAGCACCAAGGUUUCUACUACCGCAUCGCAGAAUAAAAUGCGCGUUUCGACUGCUGCGUACAAACGCGUUGCGUCAGUUGGAGACAUGCCAUCGUAAUCGAGCCGCAUCCACACGAACCUUUCUACUGCCGCGUAUCCGUAAAUUAUUUUCAUUUUCCGCCGCUAGGUGUCACUGUAAUAUUAUUGCGCCAAGCAACCAGUUCGCGAGCUAAAUUUUUCCCUCUCAGGCGAGUAUUGUCAACACCACUUAACUCUCGGUGGUGUCUGUAUUGUUCGUUAUGGAUUUGAUAUGGAUCCUGGCGUAAAACGCAGAAAGGUUUUGCUUAUUUUACUUUCAAAGGAAGCAAAAUGGGCCAGUUAUAGAAGAAAAUGAGGGAUGAAACCCAGUUACCAAAAUCAGAUGCAGUGUUUGUAGUUAUUGUUGAAUUAUCAUUUUCUGUACGAUUAAAGCGACACACAAUAAAUUUAAAUUUAAA